AUGUUCGGUUUGGCAGCUUCGACCAGGGGCAUUUGGCCAGUUUCCCAGAGGUUGAUACAGGCCCAGAGCCGGAACUUUACGUCCUUGGUUCGUUCAACUCCAUUGGCAAGACCAGAAAUGAUCAAAAAUGUGAAUCGCAUUCCAACAACUGUCUCCCCUAUACUGUCCUUGCUUGAAAUAGUACAAAGACGAUUCAAAUCCAGGGGUAAUACAUACCAGCCAUCAACGUUAAAGCGUAAGCGAACUUUUGGUUUCUUGGCGAGAUUGAGAACCCGGAAUGGAAGAAAGAUAUUAGCAAGAAGAAAAGCAAAAGGUAGGUGGUACUUGACCCACUAA